UGCUGGCUGGAGCUAAAUUACUUUCUGCAACUUUUAGAUAAGAUACAGUGGAUAAUUACAAACUCAACAACGUCACCUUCAAGACUGCGUUAAAGUAUUCUUCUUUUUAAGUCAAAAGCGUCUUAAGCUUCAACGUUUUUUGUUCGUUUUUGUUUUACUAGUCAUAUUUAAGCUCGUAUGAAUACACAAACAAAUAUGGGUCCUAAUAGUGUAACACCGCAGAGGGGUGAUCAACUAUCAAAGACAAAUUUGUAUAUACGUGGUCUGCAGGAGAAUACAACUGAUAAGGAUUUAAUAAAUAUGUGUGCCCCGUAUGGCAACAUUGUUUCGACCAAAGCUAUUUUAGACCAAAAAACGAAAAAGUGUCGGGGGUAUGGAUUUGUCGAUUUCGAGCUACCACAAUAUGCAGAAGGUGCUGUCAAGGGACUACAGGCCAAGGGCGUACAAGCUCAGAUGGCUAAAGUGGGUAUCUUGCUUCAUAGGCCGGAAACUCAGCUGCAGGAACAGGAUCCUACUAAUCUAUACUUAGCAAAUUUACCACCACGGUACAAUGAAGCUGAUCUUGAGAGUUUGCUCAUGACAUAUGGUCAAGUAAUUUCUACACGUGUAUUACGUGAUUCACUUAGAAACUCAAGGGGUGUUGGAUUUGCUCGUUUACAAACACGUGAGGAGUGCGAACGUAUAAUAGAAGCAUUUAAGGGGUGCACUUUGCCUGGCGCAAAUGAUGCCCUUCUCAUUAAAUAUGCCGAUGGUGGGCCCAAGAAGAAGCAGCCAUUUAAGCCAAUGGAUAUUAAUGAUCGUGCUUGGCGCAUUAGCUCCGCUGAAGGUAUACCUGUUACCUAUGAUCCGGCAAUGCAACAAAAUGGUGUUGGAGUUAAUGUUGGCACUCCAAUUGGUGUCUCAUAUUCACGUUUCGGUGCAUCACAAGUUGGUGGUUAUUCAAUGGCAGGUUCUCCAUGGAUACAAGGUUAUAUGAUGCCACAAGCUAUCACACCAGACGAGCAGUAUAUACAGAUGGCCGCUGCCUCUCAGUUGGGAGUAGCUUCCUAUAAACCAGAUGCCAUUAAUCAAUUGCCACCACGUGGCAUGAUGAUGGUUAGCGGCGAUACUGCAAUGCCAUAUGGCGCAAUGAUGCCACAAAUCGCAACCUUGCAACCGGUUGGCAAUCCACGUAUCUCUUCAUCGUUACAGUAUAUUAAUACGACUUAUCCAUAUUAUGUAUCACCAACAAUUAUUCCGGCAAUGCCAAUGACAGAUUCUGAACAGGCCAGCACAGCUGCGUCACCCGACGAGGCAUAUAUACAGUAUUCACACCCAGCCGUUGCUCCCUAAUAGCUUUGUGCGAGUUGGGUACAAAUUAAGGUAGAAAUGCAGCGUUCCUUCCCUGAUUGUGCACAAUCUUUUGAUGUUAGUCUAAUAAAAAAUGCUAGAAUUGCUGUCACUGAAAGAGAAAUUUAAACAAUGUAAUUUAUAUUAUUAAAAACUCUUUUAAACAUUAAAAGAAACCUAUUACUUUUCAUUGGGCUAAGCUUCUUUUUCUUCAGAGGGACGAAAAUAUAAAAAAUUUCAACAAAACAGCAGUAAUUUCAACCGGCAAACUAGAAAUGGAGUUUCUGGAACAAAAAUUUUAAUGCAGUUUGCAUUAAACACAAAUUAAUAAUUAAAAUUAAUAUGUAAACUUGUAUGUGCAUAUAUAAUUUUAAAAAAUAAACUAGAACUCUAAUCAUCACUCCCCAACUAGCAUCUAUACAAAAACAAAAAAAAAA